UUCCCAAACUGCAAGAAGACCCGCACAGAGAAAAUCAAGGAGAAAAUGUCACUGGAAACAAGGAGUUUGGUUCUCCCUGGAGAGAUUGGAUACCAUUCAACCUAUGGAAGCAUACAAGCUGGUCACAACAAGGAUGAUAGCAGUGAUAUGGAUGAUGAUGAUACCAGGAGGCCAUUGUACAAGAGAUCUUCUGUGGUGUCGGUGUCUUCGUUCAGUGAGCUAUUUGAGAAAGAAUUGAACAGAAGAAGAGCUGAAGAGAACGAUCGGAACGGGAGUGACGAUGAAGACACAGCACCACCUCAUCAAACUAUUUAUCGACGAAGCUGUAAAGACAAGUCGAAACUUGCCCUCCUGGCUCCACUCUACUUCCUGCUAAUGGUGAUUGCAGCAGUCAUCGCAUUUUACUCCAUUGAGUCGGUGAUUGUAUCGUAUCAGCAUCGAGUCCGCUCAGUCCAGUACAUCACAGUGGAGGAGUACUACACCAUUGGCAUCGCUAUGUUUCCACAAGACUUUGCCAAAUUCAAUCGAUGUGAGUUUAUUUACGGAGACGAUCUAGCUCCUAGUAACAAAAACUCAUCUUCUAUUCAUCCCUCCAAUCAGACGUGCCAGUAUUCGUUUGUCAAUUUUCAUUCUAAACUGGUGAAUAUGAACCGAACGGCAAUGGUGUUCCACGGUCCAACUUUGGUGAGGCAAAAACAGAGCCUUGGAAUCCACUUUACAAUCAACACAACUGUCCGACAAUUUAGCGCCAUGGAGUAUCUACUACUGGAAGAUUGGCACUAUAAAAUGAACAGACCACACGAAGAGCAAGCCGAGUAUCUGGCAAAUAUGGAGUACGCCAUGCCUCUGCACACAGUUCCUGCUGGCUUCAGAUCGUGGAUUAAAAUGUCGUACCUCAUUCGAAACGAAGGUCCAGGAAGUACAAAUCUAUCGGAUUUCGUCGUAAACACGGAUUUUGGUACGUACACUGGUUGGUAUAAUAGCGAUGACCGAGGGAGGAAUAACACGGCUCCGAUAUACGCACUCUUUGAAUGGAAAACAGACACUUUUGAAUAUGUUACAGAGAUUUUAUCCACCACCAUCUGGAGUACAGUUGGUUCGCUGGCUGGUGUAUUUGUGACUUUAGUGAAGGCAGGAGAGUAUUUUGAGAAGCUUGUACGGAGAAUAAAAAGAGAUCGAAAGAAGAAACAGUUGAAGCUAAAAGAGCUGGAGGAGGAGAGACAAAAGAAAGUCGAUGAGUACCAUAAGAAACGAUUGUCUAAAAGACUGAAAGAUGAUAGCUACAUAAAAGUUAAUGACUAAAAACUUCUUGUGUAUACAUAAUUAUAUCCGGCCAACAUUUUUCAAUUUUGUCAUCAUACAUUUUUAUUGUG